CCACAGCACCUCCCUAGGGCAGACUAGGUAGGUACCUAGGGAACUCAUUCCAGGGGCCCCCAGCCCAGACCCAGGCACGUUGCCACAGAUCCGAUGCCUUGGCACCAAGCCUCUCAUGUACUAGUACUACCUAGGUAAGUAUGUAGGUAAUUGAAAGUUGACCUGAACUAAACAGCCUGGCCUCAGCGCCAAUGUACCUACCUAUGCCAUUUCCUUUACACAUCACCUAUCAGACCUACCUAGUCUAGGUAUCAGACCUAUCAUCACCACAUCACCACAUCUCACACUGGAGAGCAGAGCGAAAACAAACAGGCAACACGAACUCCCACGCGACCGAUUCAACCGCUAGAUUAGACAGUCAGAGUCUUGUGCGCGCAGACGUCGGGUAGCACCUACACGACCGCCAUCUCCGGCUAUCACCUCCGUUGGCCGCCGAGCCCAGCACCUGGGGCAGUCUCUAGUGCCAUCUCCUGAAAUUACAAUCGUAACCACCCACCACCAGAAAGUUGUGCUUCGUCGCUAUCGCUAUUACAACUCACCCAUCCAUUUUCUUUCCAAUUUUCUCCCACGCCAGUCUAACACUCUGCCAUCGAUUACGCUCCCAACCUUCGAUCCCAACCUUCGAUCCGCCCGCCUACUUGCCUACUUAGCUACCUAACCGCCUCCAUAACCUUGUCGAUCUACGCAACACUUUGUCCAUCGCCACCCUCGCCCGAAUUGGCCCGCCAUGGCCGUCACAUCAAUACAGGAUCGGACCGCUGAGUUUAAAUCCGUCCUCACACAGGUCCAGAAACGACAGGCCUCGUCCAAGGUCGGCGCACAACGACGGUCGCUCCUGACCGAUUCACAAAAGGCUGCCGCAGAUGGCGAUGCGCGUCCCCGGAGGUCCGAGUUCGCGAGGCGAGCCGCAGAGAUCGGUAGGGGAAUCGGCGCCACCAUGGGGAAACUGGAAAAGCUCGCUCAACUCGCCAAAAGGAAGACUCUCUUCGACGACCGGCCCAUCGAGAUCAACGAGCUCACCUUCAUCAUCAAACAAGACCUCUCCUCCCUAAACCAACAGAUUUCUUCUCUGCAGACCCUCACCCGCCAACAACAUCCCAAGGCCGAUCAGGAAGGCGAGCAUAACAAGAAUGUCGUGCUCAUGUUACAAGGCAAACUCAGCGAUGUCGGCGCCAAUUUCAAAGAUGUGCUAGAGGUCCGGACCAAGAAUAUCCAGGCCUCACGCUCGCGAACCGAAAACUUCAUUUCCUCCGUCUCACAGCACGCCCAGCCAUCGCUGCAGCAGUCGGCCUCACCCUUGUAUGGCACUCCCGCCCGAGGCACACCGUCGCCAGGCGCCGAUCUUCUCUCGCUGAACCCUGUCGGAGAUCAGCAGGUGCUGAUGAUGGAGGAGGCGCAACCACAAAACACAUACAUACAGCAGCGGGGAGAAGCCAUAGAGGCAAUCGAAAAGACCAUCAGCGAACUUGGCUCCAUAUUCGGCCAGUUAGCACAGAUGGUGUCGGAACAGAGUGAAAUGAUUGAACGCAUAGACGCCAACACGGAAGAUGUCGUCGACAACGUAAACGGGGCGCAGCGCGAGCUCUUGAAGUACUGGUCUAGGGUAUCGAGUAAUCGAUGGCUACUAGCAAAGAUGUUUGGCGUCCUUAUGAUAUUCUUCCUACUCUGGGUUCUCAUCGCCGGUUAGAAGGUCAGAGACACGGCGCAGCAUGUCGCCAUAUUUAUUGUACUUUAUUCUUGCGCAUUGCAUACAUACCACAUCGGGACAGGACAGGCAAAGGUGUAGGGCGGGGCUGCACGUUAGAUUUUUUUUUUUUGUUAUAAUACCAUGCAUGGCCGGACCUAUCAUUCUUUGUAUUCAUGUUUUAUACCUGCCUACUUCCGCGACGUGACAACGUCAAUGAUACAAUGGAAUUUUAUUAUAAUUUUCCUCCAGCUCGACUUGAAUACGAACGCGUGCGUAGAAGGUAAGGCUAACACGGGCAUUAUUCGCUUGAUUUCCCUCUUCUUCCUCUAAGCCCGUACCUUCAUCUCACUAAGAAAAAUUCAACUUCUCACCAAAUAAGCCGUAGAUAGUGUCUUGUGUGUAUAUGCUAACGACGCCGUGACGAGAAACGGUAGGAACCCCUUAUAUGUAGAGAUACAAAGCAUUAUAAAACGCGGACAUACAACAGACAUGCAGCUAGCUGCCAGGAUAUCCCACGACAUAUCACCCACUUUUAACUCGGUCUUAGUCCUCCCGAGCUGGCUGGCUGGUUCUCAGUCAGGUACGGUAAGUAAGUAGGUAGCUUUGUCUAGUCACAUACAUGGUAUGGCAGUCUGCAUAUCUUGAAGAUAUUGC